AUGUCUCCCUCGCUACCCUCGCCCAUACAUCCCGCCUUCCCUCCGCGGCGAUUCUUCGAUGCCUACCACCAGCAUCGCGGCAUCCGGCCACCCAACACCUCAUCCCCAGCAAGGACGUCUGGCCCGCCAUCAUCAAGGACGUUCGGCAGUGGUGUCGUUCCUGUAUCGAAUGCCAAAGAAACAAGAUCCACAAGCACACCAAAUCCCCCCUCCAAACCUUUCCUAUUCCAGACAGUAGGUUCCACACGUCCACAUAGACAUAGUGGGACCCCUGCCCAUGGACGACGCUACAGCUACAUCCUGACGAUGAUCGACCGCUUCACCAGAUGGCCCGAGGCUACGCCCAUCCGCGACAUCACCGCAGCGACAGUCGCCAAGACCUUCAAUACCUGGAUCUCCCACUUUGGCACCCCGGAAACCGUCACUACAGACCGCGGCGCCCAGUUCGAGUCCGAACUUUGGCGCCACCUAAUGAUCCUGCUCGGGUCCAAAAGAAUCAGGACGACUGCCUACCACCCUGCGCCAACGGCAUGUCGAGCGCUCCACCGGCAUAUGAAAGCAGGCCCUAACAUCAUCCUCCCCUAA